AUGGAGCCGAGCGAAUCAAACGGGCAGCAGGGGAAUAUCCCUCCAGCGCCUUCCAGCGCUGCGGGACAACUUUCAAGUUUCCCCGCCCCACCGGGUGGCCUAUCGCCACCCGUCGAGACCGAGUUGCAGACGCAGAUGUCUCUUGCAAAACAGACGCCGUACCAAAGGAUGCAAUCCGGAUAUUCUAGAGGAGAUUCCGGUAUUCUUCUCGGCCAAAGGGACUUCGCGGCGACGUUGAAUCGCGGAAGUGGUGGAUUAGAGACGAGGACUCAGCGAGGACAGUCAGUAUCUUCUCAGAUGUUCUUACCGGUUCCAUCAUCCGGAGAGGGUUCGGAUUUUCCUGUUGCUGAUGGGCCUGCGGAGGACUCCCAGGAAACACUAAGCAAGAGGCAUGUUCGCAUGCUAUACCUGUUGCUGAUGGGCCUGCGGAGGACUCCCAGGAAACACUAA